CUUUCAUUCCCAAUUGUAUUUCCGGUUUAUUGAAGAAGCCCACUAACACGCAUGCAGUAAAAAAUUUUCCUUAUCAAAUUUAAUCGAAGUGACAAAAUGACAUCAGAGCAGUAUCAAUUCACUUCAACUGAGGAGAUGAACAAUUUUGAGGAUGGUGACACGGCCAUGGAAUUAACCGGGUACGUUGACGCGAUCGAAGGCAUGAAAGAGUUGAAAACACAUCAGAAACGAGUUUUCAAAUUUGUUCUUAACAAUGGUGCUGGUAAACGGAUGAGAGUCUUGCUAUGGGCUGGAGACGCUUUGAAAUAUCAAAGCCAAAUUACCAUGUACCAGGUUAUCGAAUUGACGAUGGGAACAAUUCGUGACAUGAACCUGAAAUCUCCUCUUCCUCCAGGAAAGGACUACGUCCUGACGGAAUAUCACUUCCAAACUGCCAGCACAUUAACCUGUCUUGGAGAUUAUAAAAAGGAUGAUUCGUGUCAGGAUUACGAAGAAGUUUCCCUUGAAGAGAUCAAAGACAAAGAGAGGCAAAGACUAUUCGAAUCUGUACUGAAUGUAAAUAACGUGAUUUUUUCUUGGGCUUUCGUGAAAAUUUCACAAAACCCUAGUGAUUUGUACGCGAAAUUCUGAGGAAAUUUAUAUCAACAUGCAGUAUAAUUAUUUGCAUUGGUAAUAGAACAUUCCUAGAAAAUUC